AGAAAGUAGAAAAUAUAGAGAAAAAGGUGGUAAGUGUAGAUAGAGAAACAGUCAAUGAAGAAGGUAAAACAAAUAUAAGUGAAUUGGAAGUGGAAAACUUAUCCAAAAGCCUUGAUAUGGAAGAAGCCAGAAAUAAUAGAGUUCAAGCAUUAGAAUAUCGCCAAAAGUCUGCAAAGGAAAAUGUUAGUAGUAAAG